AUGCCGUGGUGUAGUGUUUUGAAAGUUAAUGGUGAAAACUGUUACUACAAGUAUUCAUCGGACUUGGAUUUAGAUGUAUGUCAAUGUUACUGUACAGAUGAUGCUACAAUUGUCGGUGCUGUAGCAGGAACUAUCAUUUUUAUACUCAUUAUUGUUGUUAUUCUUAUCGUGUGUAAAAAGUAUACUACCAAGUCAACUUCUAUUCAUACCACUCCGUAUACCGGCGGAACUUCUAUUACCACACAACAGCAUCAACAACACCAAGCUCCACCACCAAUGAUUCAUGGGCAGUCUGGACAGAAUCCAUAACCAGGCGGCGUGAACGCCGGUAUGUCAUCAGCCACAAGCAAACUAUCUAUCGAUAUAAAAUCCACAUCUAU